AUGACGAAUAAGCGGCGAAAGCGAACAACCUCCCCCGCCGUCGUCCCCUGCGAGGACCGAAUCUCAGCUUUGCCGGACGAAGUCCUCCACUGCAUCAUCCGCCGCUUAGAAUCCCACCGGCAAUUGGCGCAGACCACCGCAAUCUCCAACCGCUGGCGAAACCUCUGGCGCUCGUACCCAGUCGUGGAGUUCGACGCCGACUGGCAGACGAAGAACAGCUCCAUCCGGUCAAACAAGUACCUCGAGAAUUUCUGCGCCACCGCGAUCAAUAAGUUCUCCCAACACAAGGAAUUCUUCCGGAUCGAAACCUCAAGGUAUAGAUUAGACUCGACCACUACGUCGGCAGCCGCUCCCCUGUUCUCCAACGGCUACUGGAUUUUGCGUGGCAGAGGAAAUUCCAAGAGUUCGCCAUCAAGUUUGAGUGCGCGGACAACACAAACCAACACCCCUUCACCUUACCCGUCCGAGGAUCUUUCAUCCCGCCGGCCGCUUUUGCCGGAAAAAAUCCCAAGUUACACAUGUUUUUAA